CUUUAUGGUUUAUUAUAAUCUCUUUGGUGUUUUUCUAUCAUAGUAAACUACUAUUUUCAGGUUUUCUUCAAUUUGAAGUGAUUUUGUACGCCGCCAAAAAAACUCGAAAUUCCGCGACUGAACUCCUUUAAGUUAACUGGUGCUCAACAACAAACAUAUAUUCAUUCCCAGGAGGAUUAGCGAGACCUAAAUUAAAAACCUACUUCGUGAGACACCGGGCUUCAAGAAAGCUAAACGUAAGUUAUAUAUCUCUGCUUUCUAGGUUUGACCAUUUGAUGAUCUAUAAUGAACAAAACUACAAGUAUGGCGUAUACUGUGGUUUAAUGACUGGGCACACAGUCCUUGUCAAUGGAAGUUAUGUCGUGAUAAAAUUUCACUCAGACGAAGAAUUUCAACACCAAGGAUUUCUGCUAGUUUUCACCGCUGUUCAAAUCGGGAACAGAACGACUACUCAGCAACCAGAAAACGCUUGUGGCCAAGUUGUAAACAACACUCUGAAAAGUCCUGGUUAUCCAGACAACUAUCAAAAUGGAACGGAAUGUUUCUAUGUGAUUCCUAUUCUACAAGACACAAGAUUGAACAUUAUUUUUAAGGAUUUUGACGUGGAACCUGAGCCUAAUUGCGAGUAAGUCAUGAUGGUACCAAACUAGUGAAACACAAAGUGACUGAAUACGCUGAUUGCGGGAAAUUUGAUUGACAGCGAAAAUCGCAAGCGCAUUUUAACCCUUCCUGUUGCAGGCACCGGGUUACGGAUCAAGCUUGCUCGGUCAAGAUGGCUGAUAUUAGCUAAGUUCUUUUUAUGCUUGUUUAUAGACAGAGACAGAGUCGACGUCCAUAAACACGCAAAAAAAGAACAAGGCCAAUAUCCAGCCGAACAAGCUUGCUCAAUAAAGGAUUUAUUAAAUGAGAAAAAAAAACGCUAUUUUCUUUGGUGCACCCAGAAGGUAAUUCCGAACCGACAAGUACUAUCUUGCCCGCUCGAGUAGCCAAUUACAGCGCAGGAUUCGGUUCAUCUUGCCCGCUCAUGGAGCUAGCCAUAGUGAAAUACCAUGGGAAGUCAAUGUGCAUAAACAAUCGCUCCAGGCAUUGACAAUUAAACAUAUUGGUUCUUCAAGGCUCUUACUUACGCAAUUAAAGUAGACACGCAUCUUUGCCGGCAGAUAUGACUAUUUGAUGAUUACUUCGAUUAAUAACGAGAACAACCUCAACCUUGGUAAACACUGUGGAAAGAAAACCGGACAGACAGCUCUUGUUACUGGCGACUAUGCUGUGCUGACAUUCCACACAGAUGAACUUGAAGAAAGAAAAGGAUUUCUUUUACUUUUCACUACUAUUC